GACCCUCUUGUUACAAACAAUAGUUUAAUUAUAAAUGGAAAUUCUAUUGUAGUACAUGAUGGAACUGAUAUCAUUACGUCAUUCCAAUAUGUACUAGAAACAGAACCGGACCUACCUACACAACAUUUAGAAAAUGUUGAUAUAUUAAAUAAUUAUUUUCCCGAUAUAGCAUUUGACGAUCUUACUUUUUUUAUCGAACCUGUAGAAAAAGAAUUAGAUGUACUUCCUCCGCAACUUGAUGCAGAUAUUGUACAAAUACAAGACACAGAAAAUGAAGUUCUCGCUCGACUUAUUAAGGAUUUUACUGAAGUAAAAGAAGAAGUUUUUCUUAGAUGCAACCCUUUAAUUGGAGUAAACUUUAAAGAAAAACUCAGAGAAAUUGUUAGUCGAUUAAAAGAAGAGAGCUGUGAAAAAUCACAUGAUCAACAAAUUCGAAUAUUAGAAACAGCUUAUUAUCUAGAACAGCUAAAGAAAGAAGUUGAUAGUAGUAAAGACAAGAUACAGAAGAUUCGUGAUAAUCUCAAGAAAGCUCUAGGACCUAGACGUGCUGCCCGAGCAUGGAAAUGUGCUGAACAGAUUUACCAACUUUUCCAA